AUGUUUUCCACGAAUUUUUUCCAUUGCAGAUCAGUUGAACGUCACGUGAAUGCCAUAGUACGUCUUUUCAGGUUGGAUUGCGAAAAUAUCAAAUUUAGUGACGAUACCGGUUCUCGUGAGGAGAAGCUACAUAAGGUAUUUAUUAUUUUUCCAUCAGGUGUCUCUGCUUUCACCACAGGAAUGCCCGCCCUCUCUCUUUCCGGUAAUAGCAACGUGGCAAGUGAAAACAUCGAAGGAUUAGCCAAAAUGAGAGCUAUAACCGACGGUCAAUGGAGUCAAGGACAAGCACAGAUGGCUGUAUUAGCCGUUAUGUUGGUUGCGAUAGUAGUUGUAAUGGCGGCUAUAACUACAUCAGACUUCUUCAAGAGAAAAUCUCGUGGAAGCGGUUCGCAACACGAAUGCAAGAAAGGUAUCCUUCCCACAACUUUUAGCUCUUUUCUUCUGCAAAAAUGUUUAUCUUUUUUUACUGUUGAAACUAAAAAAAAAGUGUUACCUUCAUUUUUGAAGCUGGAUUCAUUCCAUUUGCCAUAA